ACCAUGGACAAGCCACGUUUCGUAUCUUGGUUACCGUACAUAACAUUGACGGGCUUGUCAGUUCCUCAAAAUGAACCGACGAAUUCACACCCGUUUGAAAGAUUAUUCUCUGGUUGGCGUCCCGCCGCCUCCUUCCAGAUUUACUUUAGAAGAAUGGCACUUAAACACACAGUUGCGCUACCGAAAUUGCUACGACCAACAAACUUUAGCGGAUCGCGUUUUGGCCGAAAGCGACCGACUUCGGGACCAAAUCGCUGAAAUCACUCGCCUAAACCGGCGCGAGGCAGACCACAAACUCGACGAGAAACUCAAAGAUAUAGAAUUUAAUAUCAGCGAAAUCCAGAAGCAGCGAAAAGAGGUGUGUAUUGAAAUCGACAACCUGGAGACUUACGGUGAGCGAAUUCUGGACGCUAUGGAGAGUCUGAAGGAGCAAGCUAUGAAGAUUUGUCAAAAGUGUAUUCUUCUGCGCGACGGCCGCAUCGGAAUCGACUUGUGUCACGAUGUAGUCGAACUCGAGCUGCGCAAAGAAAUGGACGUGAUUGAAGGCGCCCAAAAGCUUCUCAAACGAACGCUCGAGCAAGCCACCGAGCAAGUCCGACGUCUGCGCUCGACGAUUUACUUCAUGGAUAGAGAUUUAGAAGACAAACACAACGUGUUGAAAAUCGACCAGUAUAAUCGUACUUUGCAAGAAACUAAUCUCAACUUGAGCAUCUACCACGGUUUUGCGCCACUCGAUCCUUCGAACGUCACGGCGGAGGAGUGGCAAGAGUUUACGACGGCCAAUAUCGAACGAGCUGCCAAAGAAAUCAACAGUGCGCGACAGUUGAGGUCGUACGUUGAUACUUUACUUAAGCAAGUGAUUGAGGAUUUGACUGAUCAGUGGCAUAAGGUGAACGAAGCGUACCGACAGAGAAUUGAGGAAGUGAAGGAGGCGAAGACUAAGCUAGAGACGCAGCACUUUGAGAUUGUGCGACAGGCGAAUGAGAUGACGCGCAAUAUAACUAGACUGGAGAAGGCUAUUGCGGAAAAGGAGGGUUUUAUGGCUUUAGCACACACUCGAUUGGGUAACAGAGCGCAACGACCGGGGAUCGAACUGUGUAAAGACCUGGUGGAAGUGUCCCUCGUUAACGAAGUAGGCGAACUCAGACUGAAUGUAGCGCAAUUGCAACACAUGCUGGCUGAAGCUCAAGCGUCUCUCAGAUACUUACUCAAAACCCAGAUUCAACUAGAAGAGGAUAUCAACGUAAAAACCAACACGCUAAAAAUUGACGAAGUCGACUGCAUGACUUUACGACAAGGAAUGGAUUAUCAUGCGUACUAAUAAAUCAAUUUGGGUUUAAAUUUUUA